UAUAUAUAUAUAUAUAUAUAUAUAUAUAUAUAUAUAUAAUAUAUAUAUACACACACACACACAAAUAAUAAUAUAUCUCUGCUCUGACUUUCUACUCUCUCCCUCUGCACUGCAUUUGCGAUCGUACGGACCGACGUUGAAACUGACUAGAGAUGGGGGUAUAUCUCAGCACCCCUAAAACUGAAAAGGCCUCGGAAGAUGGUGAGAAUGAUAGACUUCGAUAUGGGGUGUCUUCCAUGCAAGGGUGGCGUGCAACCAUGGAAGAUGCUCAUGCGGCUUACCCAGAUUUGGACAGUUCCACAUCUUUCUUUGGUGUUUAUGAUGGCCAUGGAGGCAAAGCAGUAGCUAAGUUCUGUGCUAAGUAUCUUCACCAGCAAGUGCUCAAGCAUGAAGCUUAUUCAGCUGGAGAUUUGGGCACUGCUGCACAGAGAGCUUUUCUCAGAAUGGAUGAGAUGAUGCGUGGACAGAGGGGAUGGAGGGAAUUAGCCAUUUUGGGUGAUAAAAUAGAUAAGGUUUCUGGUGUGAUAGAAGGACUGAUAUGGUCACCUAGAGGUGGUGAAGCCAAUAAUCCUUUUGAUGAUUGGUCUUCUGAGGAGGGACCUCAUUCUGACUUUCAAGGACCAAAUUCUGGAUGCACGGCAUGUGUUGCCAUGAUUCGAAACAAUCAACUUGUUGUUGCCAAUGCUGGUGAUUCUCGUUGUGUUAUAUCCAGGAAGGGUCAGGCCUACAAUUUGUCUAAGGAUCACAAGCCUGAACUUGAGGUUGAGAAGGACAGGAUUCUAAAAGCUGGUGGUUUCAUACAAAUUGGACGUGUUAAUGGAAGUUUGAACUUGGCUAGGGCGAUUGGGGAUGUGGAGUUCAAGCAGAACAGGUCACUGCCUGCUGAGAAACAAAUUGUAACUGCCAAUCCAGACAUAAACACUGUUGAGCUCUGCGAUGAUGACGAGUUUCUUGUACUUGCUUGUGAUGGCAUUUGGGAUUGCAUGUCUAGUCAACAGCUAGUGGAUUAUGUGCGUGAGCAGCUAAACAAAGAAAGUAGGCUUUCAGCUAUUUGCGAGAAAGUAUUCGAGAGGUGUUUGGCACCUACAGCCGGUGGUGAGGGAUGUGACAACAUGACCAUGAUCAUAGUGCAGUUCAAGAAAUCAAUCAGUUCAGGUACUUCUCUCGACCAGGGGCCAAUCUCCUCUGAUCGACCGUCUGAGAAUGAUUGAUGGAGUCCAAAGAGAAGAAGUAACACGUAGCUACUUAUACUGUAAGUUGUUAACCUUAACGAGUGCAAGAACCAUGGGCGUUAAUUUUACAAUUUGGAUUGUAAAUGACAGAUUUUUUUCCCCAUUAAUUGACUUUUUCUGAGUUCUGUACUUGUAUUAUUGUGUGUGUGUGUGUGUGUGUGUGUGUGUUUGUUUUCUUUGACUCGGUAAUUGAAAUUGAAUGUGUGUGUUUUUGUUU